AGGCGCCGCUGCGGAGCCGCAGUUGGGCAUUGCGAGGGGCGGGGCGGUGAGUGUUUACAUCCGGCCCGGCACAGAGGUCUCCAGACAUCGCUCGGUCGGGGGUCCAUCCUCCCUCGCCAUGGACACCAGCGACCUGUUUGCCAGCUGCAGGAAGGGGGACGUGGGCCGUGUGCGGUACCUGCUGGAGCAACGAGACGUGGAGGUGAACGUUCGGGACAAGUGGGACAGCACCCCUUUGUACUAUGCCUGCCUCUGUGGGCAUGAGGAGUUGGUGCGCUAUCUGUUGGCUAACGGAGCCCGCUGUGAGGCCAACACUUUUGAUGGAGAGCGCUGUCUCUAUGGGGCACUGAGCGACCCCAUUCGCCGUGCACUGCGCGACUACAAACAGGUUACCGCAUCCUGCAGGAGGCGGGAUUACUACGAUGAUUUCCUGCAGCGGCUUCUGGAACAAGGUAUCCACAGUGAUGUGGUCUUCGUGGUACACGGAAAGCCGUUCCGGGCGCAUCGCUGUGUCCUCGGUGCUCGCAGCACCUACUUCGCCAACAUGCUGGACACUAAGUGGAAGGGCAAGAGCGUUGUGGUUCUCAGGCACCCCCUGAUCAACCCAGUGGCCUUUGGGGCUCUGCUGCAGUACCUGUACACAGGUCGCCUAGACAUCGGUGUGGAACAUGUCAGUGAUUGUGAACGCCUGGCCAAGCAGUGCCAACUGUGGGACCUGCUAGAAGACCUGGAGGCUAAAUGCGAGAAGGUGUCUGAAUUCGUGGCUUCCAAGCCUGGCACGUGUGUGAAGGUGCUUACUAUUGAGCCCCCUCCAGCAGAUCCCCGGUUGCGGGAGGAUAUGGCACUGCUGGCUGACUGUGCCCUGCCACCUGAGCUUCGGGGCGACCUAGGAGAGCUGCCCUUCCCGUGUCCCGAUGGCUUCAGCAGCUGCCCUGAUAUCUGCUUCCGAGUGGCUGACUCCAGCUUCCUCUGCCACAAGGCUUUCUUCUGUGGCCGCAGUGACUACUUCCGGGCUCUGCUGGAUGACCACUUUCGAGAGAGCGAGGAACCUGCAGCCUCUGGAGACCCCCCAGUUGUCACCCUGCAUGACAUCUCCCCAGAUAUCUUCACUCAUGUGCUGUACUAUGUCUACAGUGACCAUACUGAGCUGCCUCCUGAGUUGGCCUAUGACGUGCUGAGUGUGGCUGACAUGUACCUUCUACCUGGCCUGAAGCGGCUUUGUGGCCGCAUCCUGGCCCAGCUCCUGGAGGAGGACAGUGUGGUGGGUGUCUGGCGCAUAGCCAAGAUGUUUCGUCUGGCCCGGCUGGAGGACCAGUGUACCGAGUACAUGGCCAAAGUCAUUGAGAAGCUGGUAGAGCGAGAGGACUUUGUGGAGGCCGUGCGGGAAGAGGCAGCAGCUGUGGCCGCCCGGCAGGAGACAGACUCCAUUCCACUUGUCGAUGACAUCCGCUUCCAUGUGGCUAGCACAGUCCAGACCUACAGUGCCAUUGAAGAGGCGCAGCAGCGACUGCGGGCACUUGAGGACCUGCUUGUGUCCAUUGGCUUAGACUGCUGAGCCCUUGCCAUCCGGCAGCCCUGCAGCUUGGGCUCCUAUGGUGACAAGCAUGCGCAGUGUGUGCAUGCAAGAACUGUUGCUCUUGCACGCUUGGUGGCAUCACAGUGGGCAGAGGAGACUCAUUGGGCGCCUGGGGGCCUCACAGGGUGUUCUUGGAAUGAGCCUCCUCCCCUAGUGCACAAAUAAGCCCCGAGAUUUGGGGCUGGCACCACUCAGGGAAAGCUGGGGUAUGGUAGGCUUUGAACUCAGUCCCCUCUCCCCCAGAACCCCACCUCCUCCCCUCCUGGCCCUCACCCAGCCCUGGUUUGCUUUGGGUAUUUCCAUGUACAGGGUUGGACAGGAAAUGGUGUGUGUGUGUGUGUGUGUGUGUGUAUGUGUGUGUGUGUGUGUGUGUGGCAAUAAAGCUUGAAUUCACUGUGGA